AUGAGUUUCUUGUACCUCUCUGUCUCUGGCCAAACCAAAGCAUUGACACCGAUCCAAUCAAAACAUGUCGCUUCCGUUAACGAAGUGCCAGGGGAACUUAUAAUGCAUGGCAUUCCAGUUCCCGUUUUAUCGUUCGCGGGGAGUAUGAAGGCGUGGAGAGCUCAGGGCCUUCAAAGCUGCAUUGCCCCAACUCAUUCCAGUCGGGUACUAUACGCUGUCCCCUCUAUCCAAGAUCUUUUCACCUCCCUCUCCACAGAUGGCGACGCCAUUAAAAUACAUUCCGUCGAGAUCCAUGAUGUCGAGACGGCAAAGCAAAAGCCCGCUCGGGCACUGAAACACCUACUGAAGUUGAACCAUGUCAAUUAUUCGAUUCUAUACCAUAACGACCGCUUCCAUAAUCAUAUGCCGCAUUUGCUGUCUUCAGCGUAUUUGUUUGGAAGCGAUGCCACCCACCUGAGCCGUCUUUACGAAAUGGAGGAAAAGGUGCUGGAGCCGUGGCGGGAUUCUCCUGAAGAGAUUGCGGUAGACGAUUGGAGGGAAUAUUUGGGGAAACCAGAAUAUCAGAGAGCGUAUCUCGAUUUUUUCGAGGACGAGCUCGUUCAUCACUCUUAUGAUUGGAGAAAGGUUGUUGAAAUGUAUCUUUAUUCUGGGGGUAGACCGUUGAUAAAUAAUGUUGUUGCAGGCCUUGGACACCCGCUCAUCCAUUUGGGCUAUGCAUACGAAAUGUCGAGUCGAGACGUAGCUAUUGAAAGUCUCGCAAUGACGGCAACAUGCUACAACUAUCUACAUAAAUAUAUUGACGACCAUUCCUACCUGGAAACACCACCCACAUACCAAACCUCUUCAUCCCUGGAGAUAUUACAUAAGAUCCGCACGGACAAACGUUUCGACAACCUCUUCGAAGAGCCUGGAGGCGAUAACCUUGAAAUCGUCUUCAAAGAUCACGAGGACGCAAUUCUUGAACACUGGCGCGCGUGGGCCAUCACCCCAGACCCCGUCAAACAGCUUGAGGUUUCCCAAAAAGACGCAGCGGCCAUAUUUGUCGCCGCAGACACCGAAAAGCACGACUUUUUCCUCGUCCACCUACUUACCACUAGCCACGCAAUACGAAUUCUAUUACCAUUCGUCCCAAGCAGAUUCCACGUAUCUCUUGUCCGCCAGUGGUGGCUGAUCGUCGUGGGAGUUUACGUCGCACAGUUACGACCCAAAAUAGAGCCUGACGCCAUUCGAUACUAUGACGUAAAGGGGCGGAACUGGGACUGGAUCGGUGGCCAGGCCAUCAACGGUAAGUGGGCGGAAGAGACUCAUUUUAUCAAGGCACUUCGGGCGCUGAAGGAGGCUGCGAAGACGUGGGGCGAUAGCGAUGAAUACUAUAUCAAAGCCGCAGUUAAGCUCGUUGACGAUUUCAAGGGUUUUGGAGGUUUUGGUGAACAGGCAGCCUAAGUUGCACGGUAACGAUUUUACUAUAUGGGCUUCAGCUUAUCAAAUUGUCUGUGUCUUCCAUUCAAGUUGAUGAACCACAAAUGGCUUUGGCUUUUUCAAGAUUGAGGGGCAAUUGGUUAGAAAGUUGUCCCGACGUGCAUUCCAUAGUUAUGUAUAAAUUGUCUAGUUAGCCUAACACUUCUUGGAUGUAGUCGACCUAAAUUUUGCACUGUUUGCAUUACUUGGC